CUUGAAGUAAUGCUUAAGACACAUUCAUUUAAGUGAUUUCUUGUAAUUGUAUUUGUCAAUUUGUAUAAUUAUUUUUAUCAUUAUGCAUAUAUCAAGCACUUGGAUUAGAUGGCAUUUAACUUAACCAGGAUUUAAAAAAAACAAAACAUUUUUGUUAAUUAUUUUGCAACUUUUCAGCCAUUGGGAAAGACACAUCAUAUGGCCUAAUGUUAUUUUAGAUAUUAUAUGUCUAUGGUUAUUUUAGAUAUUUUAUCUUGAAAUUAAUUGGAAUAUUUGAGUUGGUUUACUUUACAGUAAUUGUGAUAUUUAUAUAUUUUUUAUAUACAGAAAAAUAAAUACCCUGGAAAUCGUGAUUGAAGCCCUCUAUGUGUCCCUGUUAGAAAUAAUUAUAGACAGGUGUAUAGGAACUAGGCAGACUUUUCAAUGAUUUUGGUGGCUUCUAACUUUAUUGAACUGCUCCAAGCCACCUUGCUCCGCAAUCGAGCUACAAAGAAAGACCAACAUUGCAGGUGUGGUGGAUCAUGCAUGGUGCAUGUAGGAUCCAUAGAUUGGAUGGUUCUCCCUUGAGGCAUCAUGCGGGAUAAUGAGGCGCGGUAAUGUUUGCUGUUACUGGUGCUCCCCGCCACACUGAGGCGCUGGCGAGUCCGCGUGAGAACCAACGACGAACGAGACAUUGAAACCAAAACAAAGUCCGCCAACAUUCUACUGGACUGGGGAUGUAACGAAUCUUGACAGCCAUGGGACCAGAUGCUGAAACGGUCAUUAAACUAGAAUCCUCAGAUGAAGAUUGGUCCAACCCGGACGACACGCCAACUCCUGCAACGGAGACCCGCACAACCAAGAGAUCUUACUCCUGCUCUGUCUGUGGCAAGCUGUUCGACAGACCGUCAAGGCUGGAGCGCCAUGCAAGGGUGCACACACGCACUUGUAUCCCCAAGUCAAAGUGCCGCGAGGAGAGUCCCAUGCAGUUAGUAAAUCUCGCCAAGGACCAGAGUUGCCUCAACAGGCCCAGGUAUUACCCCUGCCCCGACUGCCAAAAAGUGUUCACCAGUCCGUCAAAGCGCGACAGGCACGCGCCCGUGCACCUGAAGAAGCCCAGCGGGCAAAAUGCGUGUUCGUACUGCACCAAAGUCUUCAAGAAACCCACCGGGCUCAUACGCCACGAGCGGAUGCACACGGGUGAAAAACCUUUCAUCUGCUCCGUGUGCGGAAAGGGCUUCUCCGACCCAGGACACUGCAAAGUGCACGAGAAGGGACACGCCGAGCUUCCGGAGAAGCCUCACUGCUGUAAAGACUGCGGCAGGUGCUACCAAAAGCCCUCCCAGCUCAGGCGCCACUUCCGCACGCACACAGGGGAGAAGCCGUUUGCCUGCGCCCUGUGCGACAGACGCUUCAUUCGCUCCGAGGGGCUAAAGAGACACGAGAACUUCCACAGUGGACACAGGCCGCACAAGUGCAUCGUCUGCCCAAAGGGCUUUUACACCCGCCACGAACUCAAUACCCACAACCUGAUCCAUUCGGGGAUGAGGCCGCACAUAUGCCCCGUGUGCGGCAAGGGAUUCACGCAGCUGGGCAACAUGAAGGAGCAUGAGCGCUGCGUCCACAGGAAGACGGAUCUUUACAAAUGCGCAAAGUGCGGGGCGUCGUUCACGCACAGCCAGACGUUGAAAAAUCAUCAGCGCACACACACAGGCGAGAAGCCCUACCUGUGUGUCACUUGUGGCCAGCGGUUCGCAUGGAGCCGUUGCCUCAGUAGACACCAGAAGACACAUGUGCACAUUCAGAAGGACCUGGAGGCCAAAGAAACGCUCCUGGCCCCGGAGAUCUUGGAGACAUCUUCUGUCACCGAUCACAGCAGCCAGACGCUCAGUGAAAUAGAAAAAAACAACUGAUUGCAUGAAUUGACGAAAUUCGUUACAGUUGGGUGUCCAAUAGACUUUGGCUGGGUGCUCUGUUGUAUGAAAAACAUGAAUAUAAAACUGCAAUUGCCGCACAGGAGACUUAAAUAAAUGGAGACAUCUCCUUUAUUCCCUUGUGUGGCCGGCUGACACGUUUGUCUUUUUUAAAGCCUGACGAUUGCAUUAUUUUUUGUUUUUCUUAUGCUUUACGUAAAGGUUAAUGGUGUUGUCCCAUCACACUACCAUACGAUUUUGGAAUCAGGCUUGCGUAAUAUUAUUACGACCCUGACGUCUAGGGGAUAGAGGGUAACAAAGCCAACUCAAACAGUACAGACACCGGAUUUCAAAAGUAAACAAAAGGAUUUAUUGCAAUAACAAUAUAUUAUCAAGCACUAAGUAGGUCUAAUAAUCUAAUCUAUGUUUUAACAACAGGGUCGUCUAAUAAAGAAAUGCUUCCUUUUACUCAUGAUGGCAAUUACGGUAAUACUGAGAAUGCAAUCAUUAUCAGAAGGCAGUAGGCAUAUAUUCAUAAUAAAUGUCAUACCAAAGAAACAUUUCCAAAACUAUUCUCAAGUAACAAUAUUGAAUGGAAAGUACGCUCUUUAUGCAGAUGCUGGCAAAUCUGCAUAAUUACGUGUUCGUUCGCGGUCUGCCGUCGGCGCACGGGCCCGUCGUUGGACAAGACCAAUCAGCGAGAGCCCGGCUGCUUUGUUGCUAGGCAACAUGUGUUUGUGUCUAAAGCGAAUAGAAAAAAUAAAUAAAAUCGCCGGCGGGAGCUGAACUCGGCCUUCAAACAGGAAUAAAACGUUUACAUUUAUCAGACACUCUUUUAACGAUGGCAGGAGAUGAUCAGGACAUCCCGCGACUUGAGCUGGAAUCUGUCAUCGGGUUCAAUGGACAUGUUCCCCGUGGUCUGAGAGUCCAUCCAGACAGAGACCACCUGAUCUAUCCCCUGGGAUGCACUGUCAUCCUGAAGAGCCUUACGGAUGGCAAACAGGAGUUCCUGCAUGGUCACACCAACAACGUGUCCUGUGUUGCGGUUUCCAAAACUGGCUGCUAUGUUGGCUCAGGACAGGUCACCUUCAUGGGCUUUAAGGCGGACAUCAUAAUAUGGGACUUUGCAAAGCGAGCCAUCUACGCCCGCCUCACGCUUCACUCGGCAAAAGUGGAGGCGCUGUCGUUCUCUCCCAACGACAUGUACCUGGUGUCCCUCGGAGGCCAAGAUGAUGGCAGUAUUGCAGUUUGGAACAUAGAGAAGAAGCUGGCUAUAUGUGGGAAUCCAGCCUCUGCUCACAGUGCUGGGCAAUGCCUCUGCCUCCAGUACUCCAACACUGAUGACAACACCUUCAUCACCGCUGGAAAUGGCACAUUGCGGCUGUGGGAACUGGACCUCCCAAACCGUAAGGUUAGACCCUCUGAGUGCCAGACAGGCAAGCUGAAGAGGAUUAUCAAAUGUAUUGAGAUAGCCGAGGAUGAUCAGUACUUCUUCUGUGGUACGACCAGCGGAGACAUAUUGAAGAUGAACAUGAAGACUGGGCUAUUGAACAGCUGUGGACCAGCCAAGCAGAAGUUCAGCCAGGGCGUGAACGUUUUAAAGAUAUUAAAAUCCCAGGAGAUCCUUGUGGGUUCUGGAGAUGGCUGCCUCACCCUCUGCUCUGGAACCACCUUUAAAACCCUCAAACGCGUGCAGCUGGAGGGAGCGGUGACCUCCAUCGCCAUGCGGGGUGAGGGCCAGCAGCUGCUGGUUGGAACGGAUGUGUCCCAGAUGUACCGCUUCAGCUACACCCACCUGGAGGAGCCGGAGCUCAUCUCCUCCAGCCACAGCAGCGCCGUCACGGCCGUGGCCAUCCCCUACGGUUCUUCAGAGUUGUUUGCCACCUGCUCCAAGGAGGACAUCAGGGUGUGGCACGUGGAUCGCUCCAAGGAGCGACUCCGCAUCACCGUUCCCAACAUGACCUGCAAUGCCCUGGACAUCAUGGUGGACGGACGGAGCAUCAUCAGUGCUUGGAACGACGGCAAGAUCCGCGUGUUCGCCCCCGAGAGUGGCCGGACCCUGCUGGUCAUCGACAACGCACACAGCAUGGGUGUGACCGCCAUCGCCGGCACCAGGGACUGCAAGAAGAUCCUGAGUGGAGGGGGAGAGGGACAGGUGCGUGUGUGGGAGCUGCAGCAGGGGGGCUGCCACCGGCUGCUGGAGACCAUGGCCGAGCACAAGGCCACCGUGACCGACAUCCAGAUCAAGAAGAACGACAAGGAGUGUGUGACGGCCAGCAGCGACGGAGCAUGCAUCAUCUGGGACCUGGUGCGCUACGUCAGGAACCAGAUCGUGCUGGCCAACACCCGGUUCCGGUGUGUUUGCUACCACCCAGAGGAAUACCAGAUCAUCACCAGUGGCACAGACAGAAAGAUCGGCUACUGGGAGGUGUACGACGGCGCGGCCAUCAGAGAGCUGGAGGGCUCCCAGUCAGGGGCCAUUAACGGCAUGCACGUCUCCCAAGACGGCCGCUACUUCAUCACGGGCGGAGACGACAAGCUGGUGAAGGUGUGGAGCUACUCGGAGGGCGAGGUGACCCACGUGGGCGCGGGCCACAGCGGCAGCAUCACCUGCGUCAGGCUGUGUGGCAGCAGCCGCACCCUAGUGACCACCAGCUCAGACGGGGCCAUCCUGCGCUGGCGGUUCCCCCACCCGCUCUCCUCCGACUAGGGGCCCGGCCGGGGCCCACCGCUCGGAGGAGGAACCCCUGGAGCCUUGAGACCACCGUGAGGCUGUGCCGCCGUCCUCUGAAUGACAGAAGCAAAGGAGCAAGUUUUAAGUGCUGUUAUGUUUAUAGGAUGAAACAUAAAAGGGAUUUACGUUUAUUUUCCCCCUGUCUACUUUUUCAGUCAUACUUGGACGUAGGUAAGAUAAAAGGGGACUUAAUGAUACACAUAGAUAUCGAGAGAGGUACAAUACACAGAAGAAAUAGCACAUGAGUUUGCUUUUGAUUUUGGAGGCCAAUACAUCCCAGGAUUCAUUUUAGCAAAGUGUUGCAGAGCUAUGUCCACCUGAGAUAAUACAAUUGCGGGUUCAAGUCAAAUUUGUCUCGCUAUUUAUGAAUGCAGAGUACUCGCCAAACAGAUUCAUCUAUCUCUAUCGGUCUGUCAAACCAGAUAGAGGAUCUCACAACAACACCUAUUUUCAAAUUAAUAUAUUGAUAUGAUAUACAUACACGCACA